AUGGCGACAUUUCAGAAUCAUCGGCCGAUGCAGCAUGUGGAUCGGAGGGAACUGUAUACCAGUCUCGAGGCACGGAUACAAUACCUGCAUUCGUUUCUCGACUUUAGUUCACGCGAUAUGGAAGCCUUGACAAGCGGGGCAAAGUAUAUCAAAGCGCUCAUCCCCGCCGUCGUCAACAUUGUGUACAAGAAGCUUCUGCAGUACGACAUCACCGCACGGGCGUUUGAAACGCGAUCGACAUCGUACCAGGGGCGCGUCGACGUUAGCAACCUCGACGAGAACUCGCCGCAGAUUCUGUACCGCAAAAUGUUCCUGCGGGGCUACCUAAACAAGCUGUGCAGCGACCCGUCGACCAUGGAGUUUUGGGAGUACCUGGACAAAGUGGGCAUGAUGCACGUGGGGCAAGGGCGGGCACAUCCGCUGCACAUCGAAUACGUGCACAUUGGCGUGACGCUGUCGUUUGUGCAGGACAUCAUUACCGAGGCGGUGCUGUCGCACCCACGGCUGAAGAUGGAGCGCAAGAUUGCGCUUGUCAAGGCGCUGAGCAAGGUGAUUUGGAUCCAGAACGACCUGUUUGCCAAGUGGUAUGUUCGCGACGGCGACGAGUUUGCAGAGGAGCGAUUGGUGCCCGAGGUUGAGCCUGAAGGCUAUCUGCACGGCAAACCUGUCUUGCGCGAGGGCAGUAGUGAGGUUGAGAGUGAGAUUGAGGAGGCCGAUAUGGCGGCGGGGUCGUGUCCGUUUAAGAAUUUGGCAGGCAGACCGAGUCUGGGGAAGGAUCAUCAGGAUGCGCAGUAUGGGGAAAUCGUGAUAGAUGCCGCAGAGGCGCCGAGGGCUGCAGCGUCAACGACAUCACCAGGCAUGAGGGGGUUUGUGCAGAGCGCCAUGGCUCGAGCGGUAGGAAGCAGCGCUUAA